AGUGGCUGAUUCCAAAGCCAAGAUGGGAACUCUCCAGAGACGUAAGGAUAUCCCUCCGUGGGUGAAGGUUCCGGACGACUUGAAAGACCCCGAGGUGUUGCAGGUUCAGACGCGGCUGCUGAAGGCCAUAUUUGGCCCGGACGGUUCUCGAAUCGCUUACUUCGAGCAAGUGAGCAAGGCCAUGCUUGAGCUGAAGGCUCUGGAAUCUUCGGACUUGACCGAAGUGGUGGUUUAUGGCAACUAUAACUACAAGCUCCGGACCAAGUGGAUGCUGCAGUCCCUGGCUGAGUGGCACCGCCAGCGGCAGGAGCGUGGGAUGCUCAAACUCGAGGAAGCCAUGAGUUGUCUGGAACUAAGUCCUUGGAUGAACUGAAGCCAACUUCCAGCCGAAUGACUAGGACCAGCGUUAGAGCUGAGGUUGUAAUCAGAGCUGGAGUGAUUGGGGCAGGGUUUCCGAGCCUGUUGGGGCCUCCUGAGGGAGAAACGAGCUGUUCUGGCUGUCCUUGCCUUGGCUCUGGGUGUUGACACAAAUAUUGCUUUCCAAAAUUGUUAAUCGAAGAAUAAAGUUUUACGUAAGUGAA